AGAAAGGUCUUAAUCAGUUUGACACUGACAACAACUGAUCUCAUAUAACCGCAUAAUUAAUGAGAUAAUAAAUAUACAUUUAUAUAUUUAAUAAAUUUACAAUCUCAGUCAUUUGGAAUCUUGUUCAAUUAAAAGAAGCGGCUAAAGAGAAGCUGUAGCGAACAGCAACUACCAAGUAUUUCCAAAUUUUGGCAACUGAGAAACGAUUCGAGUGGCGUUGUUGGUGCUUUGUGUGCAAAUUAUAAUUCUCCUUGUCUUUCAUCCUCUCUACCCAACAUGACAAUGCAAAGGAGACUUUUAUUGUCAUCAAAAAAAAGAGAGGAGGUACAAUUUCGCAAAUCAGUUGCAGACUGUUAUUGCAAUCGUCAAACUCGUAAAAUGCAAUUUAGAUCAAAUAGAACAAAAGUCGCUAAGCCAACAGCAUGUAAACACUGCAAAAGUUUUACAGAUUUAAGACCAAUGGCUUGGGUCGAAAGUAACGAUAGUCAGUCACGUGCAAUACUAACUCCCAUCAGUUGUGAAACAGUAAGAAGAGUUCGUAAAAUAAAUUACUCCCCUCAAUCUGAAUUUCUCCAAAAAAAAGUUUCAUCCACGCAAAAUCUUUUCGAUGAUAAAUUACAAGCACUACCAAAAUAUGUUUCUCCAUCUUUAGAAGCUGGCGAUGCAGCACAAAAUCAUUCCAAACCAAUACACUCGUUUUGUAGAAAUAUUCAAUCAGAAUCAAAUAACGAAAUCAAUUUUCAUAAUUCAAUAGAUGUUUGUAAAAAAUCUCAUUCACAUCAAAGCGAAGAAUCAGAAAUUAAUUCCAAGAAAUCUUUGAGAGAAAAAUUAAUAAAACGAACAAUAUCAUCUAAAAAAACUUUAUGCACUUCAGAAAGUGUGCAAUUACAAAAAACAAAAAAUUGCAACUUCACUUCGAAAGAUCGUAACCAAUCCUCUCAAUCUAACAUUAAGAAUUGGAAUCAUGAAAAAUUCGACUAUGAUAACUUUAGCGAAUGUAAUUUCUACUUGAAACAUAGAAAUGCAUUUUCUGAUAAAGUAAGUCAAGAUAAAUUAAUCAACCAUCGAGAAAAUCCACUAUCAAAAGUAUAUAAAUUUCGUGAGCAAAAUUAUUUCGAUACUCAUGGUUCAACACACACACUUUUGUCAUCAGGAUCAUCGGGUUCAUUGGAAAAGUACAUACUGAAUGAAAGAUUAUUUCCACAACCGGUUGGCAAAGUUCAUCGAGGUGACCUUGUAGUCACAAUGCCAUCAUGUUCAGCAAUGGAAAAUAAAAAAAUACACUAUUUUCCUCGAUUUAUUGUUAAACAGGAAAGAAAUCAGUCAAUGAAUGCAAAAAAGAAGUACACUUGUCCUUUAACUGGGCAUCUUACUAAUGUGAAAACAAUAAAAACUCAACAUCCGUCAAAUAGUUUGGCACUCAAAUUUCAAAAAGGAGUAAUCUGAAUAAAUUGAUAAUCAUUUUA